UGACAGCUCAUUGAAGUGCCUGCUUUCCUCCGCUGCCAUGGCUUCCACACCUCCACCUCUCAUGAAGAAGCACAGUCAGACUGAUCUUGUGAGUCGCCUCAAGUCCCGCAAGGUCCUGGGUGUCGGCGGGGAGGAUGAUGACGGGGAGGUGCACAGGUCCAAGAUCAGCCAGAUGUUAGGUAAUGAGAUGAAGUUUGCUGUGCGUGAGCCCAUUGGUCUCCGACUCUGGUUCCUCAUCUCUGCAGUGCUGUUCACAUCCACAUCCUUAAUGGCCUUGGCUUUUCCCAGCCAGCUCUACGAGAUAAUAUUUGAGAUCACCACCUCGAGGAUCUCCAUCAGACUCUACGGAGGAGCUCUUCUAUGUAUCUCAUUAAUUCUUUGGAAUGGCUUGUACACAGCAGAAAAGGUCAUCAUUCAAUGGACGCUACUUACGGAAGCGUGUUACUUUGGGGUACAAUUUCUAGUGACUUCCAUCACCCUCUUGGAGAUGGGCACACUGUCCAACGGUGCAGUUGUUCUUCUUCUUAGUGAAACCUUCUUCCUCUUCGUCACCUUGAGUUACUAUCACCACCUUGGCCGGCGCUCCAAAAAAAUCUGAGGGAGGCCAGCUAUUUGUUAGAGGAGUAGUUGGAUACAGUAGCACCACUGUAUGGACCAAAUUAAUUUACACUUGACUAAAAAAUCAAUCAGGGCAAUUACCCGUUUAUGUAAGUACAAUAACUGGGUUUACUCUCAUUAGAUAUACAGGGCCACAGAUCAUUAAUAUUGUUUUUGUUACAUUAAGUUCACUACAGUGGGUAUAAUUAUUCGACUGCUGACUUUUUUGUAAAUGCAUUUUCUGAGAAUUUAUUGUAUGGAGGGUAGAUUUCUGACACAAUUAUAAAUGUCAGAGAAUCCCAAUUGUGUCAGAUUAGUUUGCAAAGAUGCCUGCAAUUCAUGUCAUAUUAAGUAAGAGUUUCGUGAACUUACUCUAUGCAAAGCAGGCAUAGCAUGACAUGCAACAAAUAAUACAGGACAAAGGGUAAAACAAGAAAUAGCAAACAUACAAAAUUAAUAAAUACAAAUUUGAAUGAUAUUACAGAAAUAGCCUACAGUUGGUACAUUCACUUGUAGUUACUACCAUUUCUAAUAGAAUUAUUUCAUUAAUAUUACCACCUCUGUAAUUCAGGUAAAUUGCGAUUAAAUUCAAAAUUGAUGAACAUUUCAAAGUGAAGACUUUGCAAAUACAUUCCUUUUGAAUUUAGGAUCCCAACAGUACAUUUUGUGAUACGUUGAGAAUAAUGGAUGUAGUAUUAAAUGGUAUUUAACGUGUGUAUUUCAGAAAGUACCUUAUUAACUGUAGUUAAUAUAUAUUACUGUCAAAUGCAGCUCUGUGUCACUUCAAAC